AAACAGAAACAAUGUCAUGGAUGUGAAGAUCUUAAAACAAGACUUAUUGACACACAGGCUAUGUUAUUAGAUGCUCAUAAACAAAUAAUAGAUUUAUUAACAAAGAAUAAAUGGUCAGAUAUAGAUUUAAGAGCAUAUUUACAAUCUAAAAUAUCUGAUACACUUUUUAGAAUUCAUAAAGAACAUGCGGGAAAUAUAUUAUAUUUUUCAAAUACUGAUGCUUGGUAUAUAGAUUUUGGGGACCAGCAGAUAGAUAAUCUUCCUUAUAUAACACCAGAAAUUAUUGUCGAAAAAGAAUAUACAUUCACGAUCUGA